AUGUUGUCUGAUAAAAUCUUGGAUGAAGUUCGUUAUGCCAAUUACUGGAGGAGGCCUCUUACGGAAUGGGGAAUAGAAACGUGGGAUAAAUUUUUCUUUGAAGAAAUUCAAAAGUCAACAAAAAAGUCGCACCAGGCCUUUGAAAGUUGUGAAAGUAUUAACGAGCAUAGCAAUUAUGCUACGCCCCAUUUCUGCGAGUAUGGGGAAGAAGAGCGUCCAGACUUCCCAAGUAUUCCAAAGGAUAUAACCACUGAAAUAAUAAAACUAUUAGUUCAGUGUCCUGGCCAACUUCCUAAAAGGUCCAAUAUAGCAGAUUUCCUUAAUGAAAACCCUCCUGUAAAAAUACCGCUUGCCCCUAUUCAUUUUUUCCAACUUAAAACUAGAGGUUCAGAUUGCAUAACUGAGGAAGAACGAAAUAUAUAUUUUGUACCAAAUGCCAAAGAGGAAUGUACAUCACUUUUUUCAAAACUUUUAGGACAAUUAAUUUACCCUCCCUCGUACGGAAAAAAUGAAGACUCCUAUCAUAGUCUGUGGGAUAGUAUCAUUAAAAAUACGAUAGAGGUAUUUGGAAAACAUAAUGCUAGCUUGCAAUUAUUGGAAUUUGAUCGUAAUACUAGCAAAAAAACUGCAACCGGUUGCAACCGCCCAGAUAUGGUUGUGAAAGUAAGAAAUGUUUGUCUUUUUCGAGGUGAAGAAAAGUGCCCGGAAGGCGUGGGAGAUCCUUCGAAAGAGUUAACUGAAAAAAUCAAAGGUUGGGAAUAUGGAGAUGCGCCAUACAUUUUCGGAUAUUAUGCUGUUGGAACUUUUGUUACAUUUGUCACAAUGCACAAGCCUAUAACUAAGUCGAAUAAUAAGAGAAAGCAAAGUGUUUAUUCUAAGCGAAUUGCAGAGUUUGAUUUAGGACGUUUGUCUGAUAGAAUUCGCAUUAUGAAUUUUCUUCGAAAUGUCUUAAGUUUUAGUGCGGAUUUACAUAAUAACUUUCCAAGUAAACGACCAACUGCUUCAAAUGCUCUCAAGAAAUGUUUAGAAAG